AUGCCGUCUCCAUUCUUGACGCCGAGCGCCACGGCCGACGCAGACGGUCUCGCUCUUCUACAGCUGCGUCGCGACCAGAUCAUUCCAACAAUCCUCCGCAAAUACGACGACGAGAACCAAGGCUACCUCGAAGGAAAGGUGACCAAUACCCGAUUCGGAUCCUUCCCACACAGCACCAUCAUCGGCAAACCCUGGGGCUCGCAAAUUGUCGCCUCAAAAGUCGACACCGGCUCGCGCGGCCGCAGAAACACCACAAAGCGCAAGGCAGAGGAGCUCGAUGCAUCGGGAGCAACAACACCCGCAGAGGACGAGAAGCCCGAAUUGAAGGCCGCGCCUGGACCUUGUCCCUUCCCCCACCGCACUCAGGUCGUCUACACACCCGACUACAGCUACAUCCUCCACCGACUCCGCGCACGACCAGGAAGCACAGUCAUCGAAGCCGGAGCGGGUAGUGGCUCCUUCACACACGCGGCCGUGCGCGCCGUGUUCAACGGAUACCCCGAGACAGCGCAGGCGAACAAACGGCGACGUCUAGGAAAGGUGUGCAGUUUCGAGUUCCACGAGCAGCGCGUGGGCAAAAUACAAGCAGAACUCAAGGACCAUGGACUCGAUGGGCUAGUGGAGGUUACACAUCGCGACGUCUACGAAGACGGUUUCCUACUAGGUGAUCCCAAGACCGGCCAAUCGCCCAAGGCCAACGCCAUCUUCCUGGACCUGCCUGCGCCCUGGCUGGCAUUGAAACAUCUCACGCGCAACCCUCCCUCCGGCGAGUCAGCUCUUGACCCGUCAUCGCCUAUCUACCUAUGCACUUUCUCGCCUUGUCUCGAGCAGGCCGAGCGCACGAUCCGCACAAUGCGCCAGUUAUCAUGGCUGAAUAUUUCCAUGGUAGAGGUUGCCCAGCGUCGGAUCGACGUGAGGCGGGACCGUGUUGGGUUAGAUACUGAGGGCGUGCGUGGUGCAACCCUGUACCCGAAGACCGUUGACGAGGCAGUCGCCAAGCUGCGCAGCGAUGAACAGCGCGCCAAGCGCAUCCGUGACCACCGGCAAAACAGAGAGGAUCCCGAUUACAAAGAGAUUGUGGAGGAUCCGCCGGCUUACAAGGAGGCGGCUUCUGAUGCGCCUUCAUAUGCCCUAGGUCGCUUGACGCACCGGACAGAGCCGGAUCUCAAGACGCACACUUCAUAUCUGGUUUUUGCUAUCUUGCCUCGGGAUUGGUCUGAAGAGGAUGAACAACGCUGCAGGCAACAAUGGCCGUCCGAGAAGAUUUCUAAGCCGGAUGAUAAGCCGACGAAGAGCAAGAAGCAAAUGAAGAAGGAGGCUGCGUUGGAGCGGAUACGGAUUCGGGAGGAGAAGAAGCAACAGGAGCAGAAAGCAGGGGCUGGGGAAGCUCAGACUGAGGUGGAGGUUAAGACAGAAUUGAAGUCUGAGGAGAUGACCGAUGCAUGA